GAGACAACUUUAUUUAAGGAAAUGGAGACCAUUCAUAAAGUCUAUGAUGCAAUUAUGACGCUAUGCCCGAAGUAUAUCCGCAAGCUUCUUGCUCUGGAGUGUUGGGAUAAACAUAGCUCAGAUAGCUAUAAAACUUAUCUAGAGAAAUGUCAAGGCGGCCCUUUCAGCCAAAAGGAAUGGAAAAAGCUUCGCGGUUAUAAUUUCGAAACUGAGACGACUUCCGACAAGUUUGAUGUGACUGCGUUGAACCAAUUAUUCCAAAUUUUAUUUGAGAUCAAGGAUGACUGGAGAAACUCUGAGAAACUGUUAGAGAAAUUGAAGGAAAUCACAUGCAUUAGAAAUGAUCUUAUGCAUGUUGCUGAGUCCAUGAAAAAUCCAAAGAAAUAUGAAGAAAUUGAAAUUAAAUUGUUCGAGCUGUUAACAGAAGCAAAGCAGUUUUAUUUGUCCUCUCAAAGUGAGAUAAACUCCAUGGAAAAAGAGCUGCGAGUUGAUAUAAGCACGGGACCUUCUCCUGGAGGGAGAGAGUUGGCUUAUGCCGUCUACUGCGUCAUGACAGAUGGGAAAGAGACUGCAAAUUUCGGGUUUAGAAAGUACAUAGAAGAAGAAUUGCCCCUUGAGGUUGGUCAAGUUAAAAGAUCCGAAGUGUUUCAUCCCCUCGAAGUAAUGCUGCAAGACGAUGUAAACAACAUACUUCCUUUUCAGGACAUAUUUUAUUCGUCUGAAGAGAAAAUCACGAUCGUUUCGGGCGUUGCAGGAGCUGGAAAAACUACACUACUCAUGAACAUAACCCAACAGUUCUCAGAAUUACAACCUAACCUCCCGGGUUACCUACAAGGCUUUGAUAUCUUAGUCUUCGUAGAGUGCAGGGACAGAACAAUCAAAAAUCUGCAGCAAGUCAUUCAGGAGUUUUUUAAGGAAGUGUGUAUUAAAUUAGGAGAGGGAAGGGUUUUGCAAGCUCUUUUGGAGAUCCACGUUCUGUUUCUGGUCGAUGGCUUUGACGAGCGCAACGAAGGAUCGAUGGCAGUUUUGCGUGAGCUGUUGAAGAAAGCCUGGCAUUCUGAAUCACGCAUUCUCAUCACGACGCGUCCUCACGCAGUCAAGGAUCUGAAAAUUUUUUUAUCCCAAAAUAACUGCAAAUUUUCAAACUAUACGAUUGCUCCUAUAUCUAAGCUGCAGGAGCAGUUAAAGUUUAUUGAGAGGUACGCACAAAGUCUGAAUAAUGACUCUGUGGCCAUGCAAGAACGAUUUACUAAACUUGACUCGCAGUUACGCAAAUUCUUUACUGAGCCUAUAACACUGCUGAAUUUCUGCUCCAUUUUCAAGGACUCUCCCGGUAAGAUCAGCCAUUGGAAGAUCGCCAAUGACGUGGCAAAGGACACAGUGCAGCUAUACAAGGCCGUCGUGACAGCGAAGCUGAGCGAUAUCGCUGUCGCCAACAAAGAUAUACUGAUUGAUGACCUGUUCAUGAUUGUUGGCCGGUGCGCUCUUGAGUUCCUGUCCUGGAACAAGAUCACAUUCACAGAAAACGAGCUUCUGCGUUUGAAGCGUCAAUGCUACGAAAAAAUCUAGUAUUAUGAAGCCGACAAGGAGGUUGAUGCAGCAGUGUUCCUCAACGCCAUGCUAAGGGUGAAAAAAUCGCUAGCUGGGAAGGCUUCCGUGUCAUACUCCUUUGUGCACAAGUCAGUCCAGGAAAGACUGGCAGCGUCCUACGUUUCAACACACUUGCAAGCCUCCGACGUUUUUCUGCUAGAUAUCAUAACUGCUGCCGCUGCUCCAGGUCUUCGUUCGGGGGAGAAAUCCUGUUUGAGUACGGCUGAUCGAAUGCCGACAAUGCAGUGCAAUUUCGAACAGCUGCAGGAAGUUCUUCUGUACGUCCUGCAAGACUUGCACAGCAGUAGCAAUCCAGCGCAAUUCCAUGGACGUUGGCCCGAACUAAGAGACGCCUUCACCGACGCAGGCGUCGCCAGCAGCGCCGACUGGCAAAAUUUGUUGUUGCGAAGUCCUGACGUCAUCGAGCUGGCAAAGCACGCAGCACAGAUCACAAUCGAAGAAACCGAAGAAUGGGAAGUUCGCGAUGCAUGCCAUGUUAUGGCAGUGGCGCUGAUGAUGCCACACAGACAGCCACGACUCAUCAAAAUCGAGAUGUUACCUGAAGUGCUGCUCUCCGAGGCCUCCAGCUGGGCAAAGGUGGCCCAGACUCACCGAGGAAAACUGGAGCUAAAACUCGCACCGAACCAAGACGGGCUUUGUGACGACCUCCUUGAGUGCUUAAAUGGCUCCAGGUGUGAUCUCAUCAGGUUUAGCGGCAGAAUCAGCACUCCUGCUGGCAUCGCUGCUGUCGCUGCAGCUUCUCGGGCGGCAAGGACGUACUUGACCAUCGCACUGCCAGCUCCCCUCAACUUAGAUGCUCUGCAGGGCAGAUACAGUCAACUCGAGGUGAGUAUUCGACCUCAGGAUGCCGCUUGGCAUGCCAUAAGUCAAACCCAUCCACCACUGGGCGAGGAGGAGCAAGAUGAUGGCGUUAACACGAGGAGGGACGCAGCAGCCGUUGUGCGUCUCCCAGCCCAGCCGCCUCCAACGCUGUGGCUCUACAAGGUUCAGCCGGGCAGCUGUGAAGCUAUCGCUCGGAUCAUACGGGCAAUUGUUCCUUACAAUAAAAGAUUGGGUUCCCUAAAGCUGUACAAUUGCGGCUUGAAGGAAAAUGAACUGUGUCAACUGUUGAGGCAUUUGCACAACGAUGGCAUCAGGACUGCCUCCCGGGGACAGACGCUGUACAGAAGAGACUCAGGCCGCCACGUGUGGCUUCAUGUGACAGACGAUCUCCCUGACUUCACCAGGGCGGCGGAGGCCGUGAGCCGAAUUCUUGCUCAGCUGCAGUCCAGUAGCGCUGAGGAUUUUGAGGCUCAGUGGCCAGGACUGGUACGCUCGAUGCAAGACGCGCAGGCCACCGCGCGGGACUGGCGGGAGGCGAUGCUGUGCCGCCCUCUGGAAGCAAUGCUUGCUUUCGAAGCUGCCCAACGCAGUCUCAAGGAAGACAAGAAGUUCAAGAUAACGAGCAGUCGUGACGUAGAUGCUGUGGGAUUGAUGCUUCCCUACGCUCCAGACGCCCCCUUGGAAGUGGUGACGUUACCGCAAGAACUUAGGACAGCCGGGUGGCAAAAGAUUGUCCAACAUCACAAGGGAGACAUGCACCUUGAUCUUGUGGACGACUGUAGGAGUGAAUUCCAACCUUGCGAUGACGUGCUCGAGUCUCUGCUCGGUCGAAGGCCGAUGAUUAAAUUUUUCAAAGGCAGCAUCAAAACAUUUGCUGGGAUAAAAGCUCUUGCGGAAACAGCGGCUGAUGCACCAUCUCUGUACAUCAGGCUCGAGGACCCGUUGGACCUCAGCCCACUGCCCAGCAAAUGCCGAUACCUUCGUAUUUAUGUUCCGGUACUUAGCAGCACGGCGACAGCUGUGUCGCUACCAGAACGGCCUUCUCCCCAUCUCACGGUACUUAGGGCUCAGGCUGGGAGCUGGGAGGCGGUGGCCCAGACAGUGCUUGCUUAUGCUCCUCCUAGCAAGUGUUACGCCGACAUUGCCCUGUAUCGGCCGGAGCUGAGCGAGGAGGAGGAGCAGCGGCUGCUGGCGCUGCUGCAGGAGGAAGGCAUCAGGACCAACCACGCGGGGACCACACGCUGCGAGGGAGAAAGAAACAAAAGGUGCCUCGUCAUUUGCGACGAUCCUCUCACAGUUUAAUCUCAGUGACGUCAGGAGGGAAGUGGCGUCAUAAGUGGAGUGCUCGCACGGAUGGAACCAGGACGCCACCCAAGAGUAGAUUUCUGAGAAGACAAUUUGUGUGACUAACUUUUCAUAUUUUUCUUAUCUUAUGUAAUCGAUUUUACUCAACCGCUCAAUCGAAUGAUAAUAUAUAUGAAGAUUAUUUGUUUCUUACUCAGUUUGAAUCUAAGAAUAAAAAUACUCUGGUUAUCAUGGCCCGGCCCUUGUAUAAUGCGCUGAAGAGACUUAGAGAAGGACUUCACAUAUAACACUUCUGUAGCUAAAUUAUCAGCACUUAAGUUGAGCACAGCUUGACGUCAGUGAUGCUUCAAGAUAAUGAGCCGUAUUAUAAUCGUAAGUCAUGUAUUCAUCCUGAUUUGAGGCUCAAUCUGCCAAUGUAGGUGCUCAUCCAAAUAUUCAAAUUAAUCGUCAAGUGAUAUAGUCUAACGUUAGCAGAAGAACAUCACGAUGUAGCCUACGUAACCCCGCUUUCUACUUCUAAAUUUCCUGGAAACAACUUAGGAAUUGGGAGCUCAUCUUGGCAACUGGUGCUGCCUACGAAAUAAAUACAUAAUAAAUUAUUCACGCAUUUAUUUUUU